UUAUCUCUCAGCUCUCCAGCUCCAUCACAUCCCAUUACCAGACAGGAUGGCUCCAUACACUGCUAGCAGCAUGCUCAGUACUGAGCACAGUCACAAGGCACAAGGAAUAAGAAAGAUAAGAAAACCAGUGGUUGAGAAAAUGAGAAGAGAUCGGAUUAACAGCAGCAUUGAGCAGCUCAGGAUGUUACUGGAGAAAGAGUUUGAGCAACAUCAUCUCCCAUCCAAACCAGAGAAAGCUGACAUCCUGGAGGUGGCAGUGAGCUUCCUGCAGCAGCUAAUGGCUUCCAAAUAUGCACAAUCAUCCAGCCCAGCCCACAUGGAAGGCCACUCUAGAUGUCUCCAGGACUCUCUGAAAUUCUUCUCCCCAAAGAUACAGUCUGAGUUUCCAGAGAAUUUUCUACACAAUAUCUAUGAGGAUCAUUCUAUGACAGUCAGUCCUCCUAUGUCACCUUUGUACCAGAUCCCCACCAAAUGCACAACUCCUGGGACUGGCAAAGUUCUCUGGAGACCCUGGUAGACAUUUGAUGAACUUUCUGAGCAUCACCUUCAACUCAAGGAUAUCCUGCAGACUGGUGGCUUACCUGAUGGUUUAUUAUGACUAUGUAAUAGAAUAACUGGUUACUGUAAUGGUGCAACACCAAAGCUAUUUUGUAGCUGUAUGAAUUAUAUCCAGGCAAUGUCUGGUGCAUCUGGUUUAUACCAGAUUGUUCAGUUAAAUGAUAUUUGUAGCUGUCAGUAAGGACAGUGAGUAACUUUUCUAUGUGAAAUUAAUUGUCAUUAUUAUAUAAUGUUAUGCAUAUGGCAUUGACCAUGAAAGUAACACAGAUGCUUUAAGGUUAGAGCUUAUAGACACUGAACUGAAGUGAAAAAGUAUCUAUAUAUUACAAUAUCUGUAUCCUCAGUGAGGAGAAAAUGUAUUCCUAAAUUGUCAAACUACAUUGUUAGUUUUGACUUAUAUGUAUUCUACUAUGUGGAAAACGUUCUUCUUUUAUUCCCAGCACCCUAACCAGCCUAAGGGGUUUCUGGGAGUUGUAGUUCAGAACAGUAGUUGGAUAAUUGUUAUCUCUGUGCUGUGAAGAACAAAGUGAAUCUGUGAUUCAUUUCCUACCAUGUAUGCAGUUAUUGCACUUAUUGGUAUAUUGUAUAAAUAUCUGAGUUAUGCAAUAUUUGCAAGUUUAUUUGUGCCUGGAUGUUAAAUGUGUGCAUUUAUUUCAAAUGCUGCCCAUGUAUUUUCAAUAAAUUGAUUUUUUUU